CAUUGUGAUGACUCUAGAACAUUGGUAAUGAUUGUAGAGUACACAUUGCACCUAUCGACAGACGCCCAUAUUUGAUUUUUCUCAGAUUUUUGACUAUCUUUAAGCCUCUUCAGCAAAAUGGCGACAUCUGCUUUUAAGUCUGGAAAACAACAAGAUAACAAGAGUCUCUCCAAUGAAUACAGAAGCAACAUGAAUGAAUCGGGGUGCAGGACUAGAAAGGCUAAUGUUGCCACUGAGUUGGACAACAAGAAGUUGAGGAAAAUAAGCUGCAACAACGUCAACAGUCACAAUGCUGCUGAUUUUGAAAGAAAGUACAAGCAGCUGGGACUCAUUGGAAAAGGGGGCUUUGGUUCCGUCUACGCUGGCCUGCGCCUUGCCGACUCCUUACCGGUGGCCAUCAAGUACGCUGACAGCAAGAGAGUGCAAGGUGAAUUGAGAAUGGGCUGCGUCCCCCUAGAGGUGGUGCUGAUGCAGAAAGCCGGCGGCGGCCCGGAAGCAGUCGGGAAGUUUGCCGCCGUCACCCUGCUGGACUGGUACUGUCUGGAUCAAAAGCUCGUCCUUGUUAUGGAAAGACCGCCGUUCUCCUUGGAUCUUGCGCAGUACAUCCACUUCCGAGGAGGUCGUCUGCAGGAAGAUGAGGCCAGGGCUCUCAUGACCCAAUUGGUGAACGCCGCCAUAGAAAUGUACAAUAAAGGCGUUUUCCACCGGGACUUGAAGUUGGAGAACACGCUGGUAGAAAUUGGCCCCGCAGGGCCGCGGCUCCGUAUUAUUGACUUUGGCUGUGGUAGUUAUGAGCUGAAGAAAAUUUUCCGCCAUUUCCACGGUACUCUUCAAUAUGCUCCCCCAGAGUGGUACAAACAUAAAACGUACAAACCUAUUCCCACCACAGUUUGGCAGCUGGGAGUGAUGCUGUACUGCAUGUUGCACGACUGUCAGUUCGACACCAGGGUUUUCGCGAUGGACUGGAUUCAAUUUAGCAGCAACCUCUCCCGAGAGUGCCUCGGUUUCCUCCAUCUCUGUUUGAAGGAGGAGUGUAAGAAGCGAGCCACCUUGGAGCGGCUUCGUACUCACGCCUGGCUCAGCGGACUGAAUCCCGCUUCUCAGGGGUCCGCGAUGCUUCCGCCAACAUCUGACACUUAA